AUGGGUGUUUCAACAGACAAGUCAGAUCCUUCUCAAACGCACCGUGCCAAAGACAGCCAGUCGUCGAUUGAGCGACCACCUUCUUAUUCCGCCGACCAGGUCGAGCAGCCGCCGUUGGAGCUCAAAUUGAAUCUCACCUCUCCCCCGCCCUCCAAGGCAACCGUCACCCGCGACCAGUGUGUGGCUCAUCUCAAAUUUCUAGCUGUACUCGCAGACUUGCGAGAUAGUAUCGCGAGUGAUGAUGGUCUUUUCGGAAUCUUUGAUUCGGAAGCGGACAGGUUCCCCGAGUCGCUGAACGAAGCCCGGGCUCGUAUUCGUGAGAAGCGCUGGGCUGUGUACGUGGCACGCGCUGUUCAUCGGUACACCACCUGGUGGACUAUUGGUCUCCCGCGAUCACGACAGAUGGCCACGAUUACGGACGUGGAAUCUGCGAAAUAUGAAGACAUCGUUAAAUGUGAUACUUUGGUCGCAUGGAGCCCAGAGAAUCUUCCGCCACUAGAUAUUCUUAUGGUUUGGCAUUCCCACUUUUUGAACCCUCGGAACUUCCUUGAAGAUUGUAUCCGGUAUGGCAAAAUGAGCACCUGGAAAACUGGGUUCCCAUGGGAAGCCAUCGAUCGGUGCAUCAACAAUCAGACAAUGGAGUACAUGGUCUCCGAAGAGGCACAGCAACUCUUUGAAACGAAAUUAAAGUUCAAGUGGAACAACCUUGACGACAAGCCGUCCAAAGAGGUCGAGUGUUCAUACUGCAAAAGGGUGAAUGCUGUGCCAUGGACAGAAGCUCAUUUCGGUGAUUCAGUCGAAAACGCCUUUAGAUUCGGAAAUGGCUAUGCCGACAACUCCUUCGAGGUGAAAUGCACCCGCUGUGAGCACAUCAUUGAUCAUGGUCGACUCAAGGUGGCCAAAUUCCGAAAAGACCUCCAAGCAACUUUGGAUCAGAGGUUGCCAAUGCCAGGGUCAUUCACCAAUCUCUCUGGAGUGCCUGAGGGUCCAUGCAAUAGAGCCGCUGAGCUGAGGUCCAGAUUCUUGCUAUUUCCCACUCGCUUCGUUGAGGCAUCUGGAACCGAUUUGAAGAGUUAUACUGAUGGACGCGUGGAAUGGUGUCAGAAUGUCAAUCAACUCCGGGAGAGAAUCGAGAUCAAAAUUCGUGACCGAGCAGUCCUUAUGCGCUCCAUUGGUGGAAGUGCCAAGACGCUUAAGCCAGCAGAGAAGACUCACAUCAGACGAAUGAUGUCGCGAUACUGGGACAACCUGGAUCCAUUCGCUCUAGAUCUUGUGGGUGCAGUGAUCAGACAAGGAACUUUCGUGGAAAAGAUGGAUCAAAUCGACUGGCUGCAUUCACCUGCAGUCUUCGACACCAUGGACCGACUCAUCAAGAAGUACGAAGUUUUCUUCCAGAUCAUGGUCAGCAAUCCGAAAAACAUGGCCGUGCCUACUCUGGACGUUGACCUAGCCUGGCACACCCACCAACUCAGUCCGUCCAGAUACUACAACCAUAGCACCUCCAUGCUCGGACCAAACAGUGUUAGAGUCUUCAUCGACCACGACGACAAAGUCGACGAAGACAAACUCUCCGAAGGCUUCGCCUGGACAAGCAAGAUGUACCGCCGAGCCACCGACGGCGGCGUUUACAGCGAAUGCACCUGCUGGUACUGCGAAGCAACCCGCACACCAGACCUCUACGAUCGCCUGAUCACCGUCGGCUCAGCCUCUCGAGCCCGCGACGCUGCAGACCAGUUACACGACCGACCAGAUAUCUCCUCCGACCCAAACAAAAACCCUCACAUCUCCGCACACAACGCCGUCCGGCCUACGAACCUGUACGCCCCGACGACGCGCGCCAGCACAGUCAAUUUCCUGCGCUUGAAGAGCAACCAUCAAAAGGCUGCCCGGCGUGCUGAGAAGCGUCGUGCUCGCUCGGGCUCAAAGUCCAGCGAUCGAGCCCCUGCUACUGAUCCUUACUAUAUGCCAUAUGCUUAUGGAUACCCGAUUAUGGUCCCGUACUAUGCUCCAUAUAUGGCGGACCCUUGCAUUAACUCCGAUGUGUACGCGUGUAACCCUGGCUGCAUGAAUGUUACCGCGGGUGCCGCUGGAAACUGCUGUGCGGGAACAUGUGGUGGUGGCGUGGCCGCGGGUAGCUGUGGAGGAGGUGGAUGUGGCGGAUCAGGUGGUUGCGGUGGAAGUGGUGGCUGUGGUGGAGGUGGAGGUGGUGGAGGAUGUGGCGGCGGCGGCGGCGGUUGUGGAGGAGGUGGAGGAGGCUGCGGCGGAGGCGGCGGAGGCGGCGGAUCUUAA